AACAAUAACAAUCUUAAUUCUCAAUUCUCAAUUUGUCAGACAAGCUUGCUGCCUGUGCCUGCAGCAAAUAAAUCGUUGGUAUCUGAUAUUUUUGUCUGCUAACUUCACUCGAACUGCAAAGUCCCGGCUCGAGAUAAACCGUGUGCUCACAGCGACUUUAAAGUGCAUCGGGCAUUUAAAAUAAAAACUUGUGUACCUGUAUGCAUUGUACUAUCGCUCAGUAUUAGCAUUGGUCCGCAUAUCGUUGCAUUUUUGUCGUCGUGUUAAAAAAGGCACGCGACCAAAACGCGAAAAUGCUCCUUGACGAUCGCACGUAACACUCGGUUCAUUUCAUCGUUAUUUUUUUUUCAUCAUUUAAAUAGACUCCCUAGACAUGGGAUUUAUAGAAGAUACAUGCAUCAUCCUAAUCACGCAAAUACUUUUCUUUUGCGGAGGAUGGGUGUUUUUUGUAAAACAGCUUUUCAAGGAUUAUGAAGUUCAUCAUAGAUUGGUCCAGUUAAUAUUUUCAGUUACUUUUUCACUUUCAUGUACUAUGUUUGAGUUGAUAAUAUUCGAAAUUAUUGGUGUACUAGAGAGCAGUUCUAGGUACUUUCAUUGGAAUGUGGGUCUUUAUUUGCUAUUGUUCAUGGUUAUUGUUUUAAUACCAUUUUACAUAGCAUAUUUCAUUAUAAGCAAUAUCAGAAACUUAAAACUUAAUCUGAUAAGGCCUUUGACUGUGUUGAUAUACUUGGUUUACUUGUAUUUCUUUUGGAAACUUGGAGAUCCUUUUCCUCUAUUGAGUCCUAAAAAGGGCCUUUUAUCAAUUGAACAAGGUGUCAGUAGAAUAGGUGUUAUAGGAGUUACUGUGAUGGCUCUUCUCUCAGGAUUUGGUGCUGUGAAUUAUCCAUAUUCAUCCAUGGCCUACUUUAUGCGUCCUGUAUCAGGUGCCGAUGUUGCUGCAGUCGAAAGAAGAUUACUGCAAACCAUGGACAUGAUAAUAGCAAAAAAAAAACGUAUUGUACUUGCCAAAAAAGGUGGUUCAAGAAAUCUACAGACUGAAACUAGAUCUAAAUUGUGGGGUAUUUUAACUCCUAUAGCUUUAAGAGGAAAUCAAGAUAAUGUGAAAGAUAUGCAAAACGAAGUUGUAGCUUUGGAAGAAUUGUCUAGACAAUUAUUUUUAGAAGCCCAUGAUAUACAAAAUGCUAGAGAACGAUUAGAAUGGUCACAGACGUGGCGUGGAAAAUAUUUUAACUUUCUAGGAUAUUUUUUUUCAGUUUAUUGUUUGUGGAAAAUAGUUAUUUCAACAAUAAACAUCAUUUUUGAUAGAGUUGGUAAAAAAGACCCUGUCACCAGAGGAAUGGAAAUAGCCGUUCAUUGGAUGGGAUUUAAUAUUGAUGUCACAUUUUGGUCACAACACAUAUCAUUUUAUCUUGUUGGUUGCAUUGUUGUGACAUCAAUCAGGGGUUUAUUAUUAACUCUUACAAAGUUUUUCUAUGCAAUAUCAAGCAGCAAAUCAUCCAACAUUAUCGUACUUGCGUUAGCUCAAAUAAUGGGCAUGUAUUUUGUCUCUUCUGUUCUAUUAAUGCGUAUGAAUAUGCCAGCUGAAUAUCGCAUUAUAAUUACACAAGUAUUAGGUGAUUUACAAUUCAAUUUUUAUCAUCGCUGGUUCGACGUGAUUUUUCUUGUAUCUGCCCUUUCGUCCCUUGGAUUUAUUUACUUAGCGCACAAGCAAGCUCCUAAGGAGGGCUCGUGAUACAUAACUUUAAUGAAUUUUCAAAAAAAUGUCAUAACUACGUCAGAUUUUAAAAUGAAAAAAAAAUAUUCUGUACAUUCCAUGUCAAAUAAUCCCCUUGCGAAAAUUUUUUUACUUGUAUAAAAAUUAGUUUAUUAAAAUAUUGCAAUUUUAGCUUUUAAAAAGUCAAACGAAUUCUUAGAUAAUUAUAUCAUAUAUAAUGUCCUUGUUUAUAUACUUAAUCCAAGAGCGAAUGUCGAGCUACGAAUGAGAAGUAUGACAGACGAGCUACAAUACUCACGCUUCUCAUGUAUACGAGAAUCGCGAAUUCCGAGACCCGCAAAAUAUUUGUAUAAUAUUAAUUAAUCAUGAAAAUUAUGAUUUUUAUAAAAUAAACUUUGGGAGAAAGACAUUUUU